UACGCACCGCAUCUUUACUUUGCACAUUGCCUUGCACAUUAAUGAGCGCGCAGUACCACAGACUUUAUAUGUUAAAACACCAAUUACCUUAAAGACAUUCCUAAACACACUAUUCUCAACCACGACAGCGGAAAACUCCUCCUAGAAGAGGGGGUUGUUUUCACCAAGCAACCUAGCAUUCUUCCGCAGACGACGGGGUGUUAAUUGAGGCCACGCGACCAGCACCACCAGCAGCGAACUCUGUCUAAUUGCGCUGCUGGUACUAUGCCGGCAGCAACGAAUGAUGGGCCGACUGUGGCUUUGUCCUUUGCCAACAACUUUUGGGGAAAAGAAGAUGCAGGUGUAGGGCCGCUCUUUGAGCGUAUGCAUGGUGCUAAACAAACAUGCGAUGAGCUACGAUCGUUCUACAAUGCUCGUGCCUCAAUCGAGGAAGAGUACUCGAGGAAACUCCUCUCCCUGUCUCGAAAACCUUUGGGAUCGCAGGAAAUGGGCAGUCUAAAGAACUCGCUCGAUACGGUACGAGGAGAGCUCGAGUCCAUGGGGAAGCAGCACCAGAGCAACGCCGCACAGAUGAGGAGUGAGCUGGAGGAGCCAUUAGCUGCCUUUGCUGGAGCAAUGAAGGAGCGGCGAAAGAUCGUACAGAACAGCAUCGAGAAGCUCCUUAAGCUGAAAAUACAGCAGACACAGCACGUAAACAAGACUCGCGAUAAAUACGAGCAAGAAUGCCUAAAGAUUAAAGGCUAUCUUGCACAAGGUCACAUGGUAAUGGGCCAGGAGGAGCGGAAGAACAAAGCCAAACUGGAGAAGACUCAGAUUAGCCUAGCGACCUCCAACACCGAGUACGAAAAUGCAGUCAAAGUUCUUGAGGACACCACAGCCCGCUGGAACCGGGAGUGGAAGGGAGCAGCAGACAAGUUCCAGGACCUGGAGGAGGAGCGCCUCGACUUCACCAAGAGCAGUCUAUGGACCUUUGCCAACAUCGCAUCUACCGUUUGCGUGAGCGAUGAUGCCUCAUGCGAGAAGAUAAGAUUAUCUCUUGAGAAGCUUGAUGUGGAGAAGGAUAUCAUGACCUUUAUUGGCGAGCGUGGAACUGGCCAAGAGAUUCCGGACCCGCCAAAGUACAUCAACUUCUGUCGAGGCGAUGUUGAUUCUCAGUCGGAGGCAUCCGACGAUGACAAUUACUCGGUGGCCCAGUUCCCCAGGAGCAUCAACCCUGCCUACCGUUCCUCGUCGCCACAGCCAUCCACAUUUGAAUCGCAUCAUGACCCCAACAGCGCCCUCGCACGGGAGCUUGCCCACCGAGAACCAGGAACGCCAACAAGCCGAGAACAGACCGUGACCCCUCAGAAGAUUCCCCAGAAGGUAUCACAACCUGUGUCGACACAAGCUGAGAGACAGACCAGGCAGAUCAAACAGCAGCCGCCACCAGAGCAGAAAUACGACCCCAACGAGUUUGCGCCGGCGCCAGUCGAGAGGCAUGCUAGGCAAAUCAAGCAGCAGCAGCCACCUGAGCAGAAAUACGACCCCAACGAGUUUGCUCCAGUGCCGCACGACCCUUAUCCAAUGGAUGGCAUGACAAUGCUUUGCCGGACAAAGCCCGGUGGUUCUGAUCUGGGAUCGCAGGUAGACUCACAGCUGGGUUCACAGAUAGGCUCUCACAUGGGCUCACAAGUCAGCUCUGUGCGGCCUUCAAGCCGGGAUGGUGAUGGUCACAGUGACUAUUCCAACCCCACCUCCAUGUCCAGCAUAGAGCCUCCCAGCGGAAAAACAUCCCCUGUGAAACAAGAGCCACCAGCUUCCGAUAGGGGCGUGAUGAAGAAGAAGAGCGGCUUUUUCCAACACCAUAGUCCCUUCCGUCGAAAGAGCAAUAAGGAGGCCCAGCAACUACCUUCUUUCAGGAACACCUGGCAUUCUUCCCAAGCACCUGCAUCUCGCGGCCAUUCCACAUAUGGUGGAGGUGCGGUCGAGUCCCCAAUGACCUCGAAUCCGAGGUCCCCAAGCCCGGACCCCAUUGACGCCAACGCAAGCCUUGCACUCAAUGUUGGACAGAAUGUUUUCGCCGUGUCUACACCAAGUAGGCUGCAAAAGGAGGCUGCAGCGGCUCCAGCACCAGAGGACGACCCUAUUGCACUGGCACUCGCUGAACUAAAGGGGGUCACGGGUGGCGUCGCCAAGGUAUCUUCGGUGCGCAUGUCGGCAGAUCGCUACCACGGCAUUGCCACUCCUGCUCCAGGUACCCAGCCGCCUGUAUCUCGCUCUGUUGCAAACACCCGGGCAAACGAUGCGGUCUCGUCAGGCAUGAGGGGCACACCGCCGCCAUCGUAUGACCAGCAAGUUCAGAGAUUGGGCGUCCCCGCCGCAGCAGUGACCUCGAGGGCCAUGAAGGAGACGUCCCAGAAGUUUGUCACCCAAACACGCAGCAUGUUCAAUCAGCCGCCACCUCAAUCCUCAUCAGGGACAUAUGCAUCUCCCUCGCGCCCUGGGACUCGCGGUGCUGACAUGCCGCGUACGGCCUCUCCUGCUCACAAUCCUCGUGCAGCCUCUCCCGCUCAAAUGCCCCGUACAGCUUCUCCAGCUCCUAUGCGCAGUACUUCACCACGUCCACCAACGAUUUCUGACCAGCAAAGAAGCUACCGGUCAGCCUCACCUAAUCCAUACACAGCUAGUGAACGUCAGCAGCAUCAGAGGACUGGCUCAUACACUCCAACCAGGACACAGCAGCAUCGGGGAUCUGACCAGGGUUAUUAUCAGCGACAGAACUCCCCACGGGCCGAUAUGGCCCGUUCGGCGUCGCCGGCGCCGUUCAGGGGGGAGUACUCUUCGAGGCCGAACAGCAGUCAUGUACAACAAGCCGACAUGUCGGUGCAGCUUGCCCCGGUUCCGGACGAUGGGUAUGCAGGGUCGCAGUACGGAGGGUCGCAGUACGGAGGGUCGCAGUACGGAGGGUCGCAGUACGGAGGGUCGCAGUAUGGAGGGUCGCAACGCGGUAGGAACGGGCGCCCUGGUACUGCCACAGGGUCUCGAGGUUUGAAUCUUUACGAGGGUGCAGGCCCUGUGCAAAGAACGAGAAGCAAGAGCGUUGCCGACACAAGCCGCCAGUAUACCAGAGAUGGGCGUCCGAUUUUGCAUUUUGCUCGGGCUUCAUACAUGUACCAGGCUGCGAUCCCGGAGGAGCUUGGCUUUGCUAAAGGUGACGUCCUUGCAGUGCUGAGGCACCAGGACGAUGGUUGGUGGGAGGCCGAGGUGCAUGGCGGCGAUGGACAGGUCGGCUUGGUCCCUAGCAACUAUCUCCAAGUCUGCUAAGCGGCUGGCCGUUAUUUUGCUGUCCUGGUGUGUAUGAGAAGGGAUUGACGUCGUCACGUGGCAUGAACUUGGUUUCUAUGAGGUAUCUGCAUACUGGCUGUUUGGGGUAUCUUGGUUUCUCAAGCGCCCAACCCAUUGGGGGUUGUUUAGUCGUCUUUAUGAUUAAAGCAUGUCAGUACAUGUAUUCUAAAAAUGUAAGUGCUUCUCUCCUUUCUUUUCUGUUUUCAGACAGAUUCAUUAUACAAAUUCUUCGAGUACAUGUAGCCCGGUCGAUAUAUGCGCCCUGAGCCUUGCAAUGUUGUUCUUUUUUUUCUUUUUCUCCAACACUUAAACUUUGUUUGAUUUUAAUCUUAAUGUCACGCAUUCUGCCCUCGCA